AUGUCAUCGGGGGAGGAGACCGAGUAUUUCGCCCCCUACGGAGCAACUACGGAAAGCAAGCAACAGCGACUCCAGAAGAAGCAGAAGCGCACCAGACAGCGCGUGGACGCCGGCGAGCCGCGCAACAACUACUCGAGUAUACCGCACUUCACCUCCCGGCCAUCCUUCCACGGCGGUGGUCUGUACGGUUCUAUCUUUGGUGGCAGUGGACCAACGCAUCAACAACAGCAGCAACAACAGCAACAACAGCCGCAGCAACAUCAUCAGUCGCAAGCACAACAGCAGCAACACCAACAGCAACAGCAACAACAACAGCUCCAGCAGCAACAAGCUGGAGCAGCAAGCAGUCAAGGUCAUUUAAAUACAGCUACGACGGGUCCUAGCACUCAGCAGCAUUCCGCCCACGCGGCUUUCGGCUUUUUCGGGGCACCGGGUUACGGCCCCGCCAAAAUGUUGAACGAGCUACUCGGACGACAGGUCAAACAGGCCAGUGACGCCGGUGGCUCACCGCCAGAGGGCGGCCACGGGAUGACUGGUGCCGGCAUGGACCCCGCUGCCAAUUUGCAAUCCGGUGCUGUAGUUAAUUGCGACGAUCCCGCCACCGCCGAGCUCACGCAGCACAUGCUUCGCGAUAUACUCCAAGGGCGCAAAAUCUCCGCGCUUUCGCUGCAGGAACAACCCAACAACAACAACAGUAUACACAGUAACAACAACAACACCACAGCGGAUCUACUUAAAUCUCAGCAACAACAUCAUCAGAGCCCUCAACAGCAUCAACAGCAGAAUAGUGAUAGUGCACGUAGUGGAACAGUGCAGAGUGGUGGAGAGGAGAGUGGUGAUGGAAAUAACGUCGUGAAUAACGCGAAUCACAGUGAUCGUGAUACGGUGAUGCCGGGCGACGCGGAGGACAGCGCCGAGGACGCAGCCGCAGCUGCACGUGCUAUGGAGGAAGCGUUCGCCGAAGCUGGUAUGGAGCCUGGAGCCAAUCUCGAUGGAUCCGAUUGCGAACAGAGUUUACCGCCCAGUCCUACGCAACCAAGGUCAGGGUCCGUUUCCGUCAAGGAGGAGAUACAGGACUCGUUGAAUAUCAAACGCAGUCCGAGUCACUCUCCUUGCCCGAUCGUACCCAAAACGGAGACCAGCUCGCCGACCACGGAAACGAAGCGCGCGCGUGUCGAGAAUAUCGUCAACACGAUGCGCAGCAGUCCAGCGCUUCAAACUGCCACGGUGAACGGUUGCAAGAAACGUAAACUCUACCAGCCGCAGCAGCAAACGGUGCAUCACGUUCUUCAGCACGUCACAAGUGUCAACGAUACCAUGAUGGACGACGAGGAAGAGAGUGAGGAGGAGGAGGAUCCCUCGGCCAUCAGGCAGAAACGCGAGGAAAAGGACAACCUUCAGACACAGCUGAAGAAGCUGCACGAACAAUUGGCCGUGAUGCAGCGAAAGUACAAUGAGCUUACGAGUAGAAUCGAUUCGGACGCGAGCGAGAGCAUCGGUGCUCCCCUAAGUCCUCAGCCACCGCUCAAACCACCGCAACCUCAUCCACCGCCGUACAACGGGCUCCCGGCCCUCCCGACCGAACACCCACACGCCGCGGCAGCCGCUAUGUAUCACAUGGGACAGAAACUCUACCUCGAACAGCAACAAGCUGCUCUCGAGAGGAUGAAGCAGCAUCAGGAGGCUGCUGUCAGGCAACAGCAGCAGCAGCAACAACAACAACAACAACAACAACAGCAGCAGCAGCAGCAACAUCAACGACAAAGUUCUCCGCCACCCCCUCCGAGUCAAGCGCAGCAACAGAGUCAAAGCAAUACCGGCCCGUCCACGCCGCAAACACCACAGAUGCAGUCAGCGAGCACGCCUCUUCAGCACAAAGAAUUCCAAGAAAGGAUAAACGUGUUCAGAGGCGCGGCGGCCGCGGCUAGCUCGUCCGGUCCCCAUAUAACCGACGAAGAUCUGCAAAGUUUGUCGGACACGUUGAAAGCGGAGAUCACCUCGUACUUGACGAAUCUGAUCGACAAGGUAGUGACAAGGUUCAUGCAACAGAGGAGGUAUCUUGGGAAACAGAGCGAGGCGGCGCAAGUCGCUGCCGAGCAAUUGAACAAGGAUCUUCUGUUGGCGAGCCAAAUACUCGAGAGAAAAUCACCGAGGACGAAAGUAGUAGACAGAGGAGCGCCACAACCACCCGGUGGCCCAAACGGGCCACGGGGGCCCCACAAUGGCGGGCCCCCACCUCCACAGUCUACGGGUUUCCCACAAAUCGGGUCCAUGGGUGGUGGGCCCCAUGGUCCUCAUUCUGGCCCCACGGAAAACAACCUUAAUCAAAUGAAUCAGCUGCCUUCACACGUGAGGUCCGGUAGCAGGAUGUUUCAGACGCCGAAACCCCCGACCAUGUACAGCAUGGCCUCUAUGCAGGCGCAACAACAACAACAGCAACAACAACAUCAGCAGCAACGCGAGCAUCAACAGAGAGAGCAGCAACAACGCGACCAAUAUUGUAACUUGAGGAACGACGAGAGAGAAAGCAGGGACUCGGAACAGAACGAGGCACUCUCGCUCGUUAUGACACCGAAGAAGAAACGUCAUAAGGUGACGGACACGAGGCUGACGCCGAGGACGGUAUCGAGAAUCCUGGCGCAGGAGGGUGGCGGCUCGCAAGGCGGCAGCGAGAGUCCACCGCCUCCACCACCACCGAGAUCGUAUCAUCCGCCACCGCCGAUGCUGCCAGUGUCCUUGCCAACCAGCGUAGCGAUACCGAACCCGAGUCUUCACGAAAGUCAAGUGUUCUCGCCGUAUUCGCCGUUCUUCAACCCUCACGCGGGUCAUCCGGGCCAAGUACCACCACCGGGGCCGCAUCACUUGCCAGCAAGUCCUCCUGGUGGAGGUGUAGACGUCAGGGACUCGCCUCCACUGCCCCACCCGCCAUCCAUAUUGCAUCCUGCCUUAUUGGCGGCUGCCCAGCAUGGCAGUCCAGACUACGGACAUCUCAGGAUGGACAGCAACGAGCGGCCCAACGACUGUAACUCCGACGACAUCAGCUACGACGGGAUUCAGCCUACAAUAUCCUUUUCUAAUACAACUAUUUCCUUAACCACGGUGAACUCGUCGAUGCUGACGCCGAUACACCUGAGGAAGGCGAAGCUGAUGUUCUUCUGGGUUAGGUACCCGUCCUCGUCCAUCCUCAAGAUGUACUUCCCCGACAUCAGGUUCAAUAAGAACAACACCGCGCAACUGGUCAAGUGGUUCUCCAACUUCCGUUCCCUGAGACUAUAGCUCCUUUUCCAAAUCAAAACUACAUAAUUUGUACCACAAGUGCAACCCAAUACUACGAAACAAAAGAGUUCCUUUCAAUCCUCAAAAUUUCUGCA